GUUAUCGGAAGCGUGCUGCGGGUGCCCGAAACUCCGGGCGGCGCCGUUCGGUUGUUCGCCAUACUUGCACUGGAGCGCAGGACAACGAAGGCACAUACUGCAAAUACACCUGAAAUCGCCCCUUAAAUAUUAAGACAUGGCCGAGGAUGAUGUGACUGUGGAGCAGCUAGCAGCCAUUGCAGCCGAAAACGAAGAGCCAGAUGCCGUGAACUACAAGCCACCGGCCCAGAAGUCGUUGAAAGAGAUCCAGGAGAUGGAUAAGGACGAUGAGAGCCUACGCAAAUAUAAGGAAACACUGCUUGGAUCUGGGCCCUCUGACGCUGAUCCCACUACUCCCAAUGUCCAAGUGACCCAGAUGUGUCUGAUGUGUGAGACCGCCCCGAACCCGCUCAUCUUGGACCUGCAAGGAGACCUGGAGGCCUUUAAGAAGCAGUGCUUUGUUCUGAAGGAGGGCGUGGAAUACAGGAUAAAGAUCAGCUUUAAGGUGAAGAAGGAGAUAGUUUCGGGUCUGAAGUACGUGCAGCAGACGUACAGGAAAGGAAUUAAGAUUGAUAAGUCCGACUACAUGGUGGGCAGCUACGGCCCCAGCAUCAACGAAUACGAAUACCUUACCUCGGUGGAGGAGGCCCCUAAAGGCCUGCUGGCCCGCGGCAACUACGUCAUCAAAUCCAAGUUCACCGACGACGACCAGCACGACCACCUGUCCUGGGAGUGGAACCUGAACGUUAAGAAAGACUGGAAAGACUAAAAGAGGCCUUUGUGUUUUUUCUGGGGGGGGGGCGAGGGAAUAAUAAUAAUAAUAAUAAAAAAACCUGUACAUUUCUCAGCCCCCCCCCACUCAUCCCAUGUCCUUCAUCCACCAUUUCUGCCUUCCUCUGUGCAUUUCAUGCCUUAGUUACUGCCAUCGCUGUCUUAAACCCACCACCACCACCUAUGUCAGCAUCUGUAGCAGCAUUCGUAGCAACCCCCCCCACCAUCACAUCCCUCCGUCCAUCCUCCCUAUCUGCACUUGCCCACCUGCCACCCUCAAUCACUCACCCCCCCCCCACUGAGCUGUGCCAUGUAGCACCUUAAACCCCUCCCUGUUUUUCGUUUGUCCCCGGAUCUUUGCUGCUUGAAGAGAUUAACCCCCCCACCCACCCCUGCAGAAUGGUGUCUUCCUCUCUCAGUGCGUAGUACGAAGCAACUGUACAAUCAGCUUUAGUUUGUUUGCCUUCUUUUCUAUAUAAUCGUAUCGAUGGUUGUCCUGUGACUGUAUCCAUAACAUCACUGUUAAUCAGCUGUUAUAUCCAUAGCGGGGCCCCACCACAUCCACCUGCUCCCCCUUCCACCUCCUAUACCUUUCCUUUGCUUGCUGUCUUUUGAUGUGAUUACCAAUACCUGCCUUGUAAGAAGAGUUAAUUCAGAGCUCUCCCUUCUUCCCAUGAUGUAUUCACCCACUCCCCCUCAAAUGGGGACUGGGGCCAAAGUGACCAAGGGAGUAAAAAUAUUAGGGUAAGAAAAGCUGCCUUAUGUCUAAAUCUAAUUUAGCAUGCCUUGUCAGUACACGCAGCGCUCACUGUUAGGUAAUCUGUACUUUAAGGGCUUACCAAGCUACCAACCAGUUAGCAUCUGUAGCCCCAGUUACCCAGAUACAGGCUCUGCCAAAUAAACUCACCUUGUGAUUGGAGGAGACUGAAUGUUGAGAAUUGGACCCAGUGAACUAUUGAACUUCUCCUUCCUUUUAAGCCAUGAGGCCUUAGCACUAACUAGGAUCAUGUGGCGACAAACAAACAUUUCUAAUUCAGCCUUUUUUAAGAUUUCUCAUUUCUCUUUGCCUUAAUGUACAUCAUUCCUUAUACAAAGCCCCCCCCCCCUUCCGUUACUUCAGUCAGCCGACCCCAGGUGGAGGAGUAAAAGCAGAGAAAGCGCAGGAGUAGGUGUCAGAUGCUGGUAGUGAAGAGGAAACCAGUGAAAGGAAGGGUCAGGUGACACGAGCAGAGAACACGCACUCCAUAUUUAAUGAGGGGUUUGGAACUGACCGGAAACAUUUGUUGAAAUCGACUCUUACUGUACCAGAACAUAUGGAUGUAUAACUUUUUAUUUCGUUUUUUCUGAUAAUGUGUUCCUGCUCCAUACAUUCCUUCACAUUGUACAGUUUCUAUGAAAAUGCUGGCAUGCUGGUGGGGUUGUAUAUUCUAUCAUCAUGUGUUAUUGCUCUUCUUGGCCAAUAAAGAUUUUGCUCAA